AUGCCCCCCAAGGCCAAACCCUACCUCCCUCCCCUCCUCACCACCACCUGCUGGGACCUCCACUGGGACGUCAAACUCCUGAACAUGCUAGACCUCAUGCGCGAAGAUCCCACGAAAGACGACGUCGUCGAUCUCUGGCGAGUGAUAUGUACAUCCAUACUUUCCCACGACAAAAACAGUCCACUAUCACUCCUCAACACAGAGAAUUUUCCAUACCCUGAGGGAGAGCCUCCCUAUAGUAUAGUCCAAGUCGUACUCAACGAAUGUGCGGCAGGGAAGAAGAAAAUCCAUCUACAAACUCCCAUCUUUCUGGUUCUGUGUAUGGGAAUGAAUGACCCUGAGAAGCCGGCGUGGGAGUACGCGAAGGGGAAGUUGAGGGCAUAUUGCAAAACGAGAAUCGUGAAGAGUGAGAGGGGUGGUGUCUCGCGUGUCUAUGCGGUUACGGGGAUUGGAAUGGUUGCUAAACUUUGGGAGUGGGAUGUUGAUAAGGGGCUUCUUGUAUCUUUGUAUAGGAUUGUCACGUUUCCUGCGAGCUUGCAGAGGAAUGAGGAACGGAGGACGUUCUUUUUAGGGAAUGGUUACGAUCUAGGUUCGGCGAAGUUGUUCUUGAUUAUUGUGAAGGGCUUGGUGUUGGAUCCUGGGAAUUUUAAGGGUGAGGAGGAGGAGAAGAAGAAGAGGAAGUGA